AGGGACCAUCAAAGAGAUAGACUUGUGAAAAACUAGACAAAAUUGGCUUACCUCAUUAUCAUUUGUGUUUAGUCGUUUUGAGGUUGACGUUUAUUUGCUUUUUUGCCAGCUAUUUUCCAACUGUAUAACACUCUACUUGCUUCCAAAGGUUUAUCCACAAAACUACUUUAAAUAAUUAACCGAAACAAAUAUCGAAUCGGGUUGGGUCAUUUCGGGUCGGGUUGAUUGAAUCCGGUAAUUGAACCAAAAGAAAAAAAAUAUUUUUUUCUUCUUCUUCGUCCUCCUCGUGUGCUCUAUCUCAAGCUCGCUGUUACACUAUCGAUUGAUUCAUCACAAGAAGAUUUGUCUAGAUUUCGUGGUGUUUUAGGAAUGAUAGUGUAUUGUCCUGUCUCUUGGUCACUUAGCUUCCACUUGAAUCCUCAAACCAGGAGUCUCGGUAACAUAGGAAUAACAAGAGUCAACGCGAGUCAAAGGAAUCACUUUAAGAAACUCACUAAGAAUCUCCGUAAUCCACGCCUAACCAAGCUUCCUCCUGAUUUUGGUGUUAAUUUGUUUCUGAGGAAACCCAAAAUUGAACCAGUUGUGGAUGAUUAUGAUGCUGAUAAUGAUGUGCAAGAUCAAGAAUCAGUGGAUGAUGAUGCUGUUGUGUGGGAACCAGAAGAAAUCGAGGCGAUUUCGUCGCUUUUUCAGAAAAGGAUUCCUCAAAAACCCGGUAAACCGAUUCGAGUUAGGCCUUUACCACUUCCUCAACCUCACAAGUUACGACCUUUAGGUCUUCCAACUCCAAAGAAGAACAUUAGAUCAGCUGCAUUGUCUUCUGUAUCGAAGCAAGUGUAUAAAGAUCCAAGUUUUCUUAUCGGUUUAGCUAGAGAGAUUAAGAGCUUGCCUUCUUCUGAUGCUGAUGUCUCUCUUGUUCUCAAUAAAUGGGUUAGCUUCUUGCGUAAAGGGUCACUCUCUAUGACGAUUCGAGAAUUGGGUCAUAUGGGUUUGCCCGAGAGAGCUUUACAGACAUAUCAUUGGGCUGAGAAGCAUUCUCAUUUAGUCCCUGAUAAUCGGAUUCUCGCAUCCACUAUUCAGGUUUUGGCCAAGCACCACGAGCUGAAAUUGCUUAAGUUUGACAAUAGUUUGGCUAGCAAGAACGUUAUCGAAGCAAUGAUCAAGGGAUGCAUUGAAGGUGGAUGGUUGAAUCUAGCCCGGAAGCUUAUACUGAUCUCGAAGAGUAACAAUCGAAUACUCGACUCGAGUGUUUACGUGAAGAUGAUUCUGGAAAUAGCUAAAAACCCUGACAAGUACCAUCUUGUUGUUACUCUUCUCGAGGAACUGAAAGAAAGAGAAGAUUUGAGAUUGAGCCAACAGGAUUGCACAGGUAUUAUGAAGAUCUGUGUGAAACUGGGAGAAUUUGAGCUCGUUGAAUCUCUCUUUGACUGGUUUAAAGAAUCAAACAGAGAACCAAGCGUUGUAAUGUACACUACCAUGAUACAUAGCAGGUAUUCGGAACAGAAAUAUCGGGAGGCGAUGAAUGUGGUUUGGGAGAUGGAGGAAUCAAACUGUCUUCUUGAUCUUCCAGCUUAUAGAGUAGUCAUUAAACUAUUUGUAGCAUUGGAUGAUUUGGGAAGAGCAAUGAGGUAUUACUCUAAACUCAAGGAAGCUGGAUUCUUGCCAACGUAUGAUAUUUAUCGCGAUAUGAUUAACGUUUAUACCGCUUCUGGGCGAUUGACAAAGUGUAAAGAGAUAUGUAAGGAAGUUGAAGAUGCUGGAUUGAGGUUAGAUAAAGAUACUUCAUUUAGGUUGUUGCAGCUCGAAAAGCAAACAAUGUCUCUUUUGCACUGAAGAUAAAGCUCCAAUUUUGUUUAUACGAUCAGUUCCAUUGUGUUUUCUUUGGACAUUUUAGCAUUGAAAACAGUGAAGAUGUAAUAUACAAGAAUAUACACUAAUAAUAACGUAAAGAUUUCUACU